AUGGGCACUGUACUAUCACUGUCACCCAGCUCUCGCAAAUCAAGCUACUAUGACAACCGGCCGGGUUCGCUCAGCCACUACCCGAGCCUCAGCAGCCGCUCUCUCAACAGCCAGAAAGACCGCGGGCUGAAGAGGGGCCAGUCCAUCUUCCUCCCAGCACUCACAUGGAAGCGACUCGUGGCCUCCACCAAGAAGAAGGGCAACUCAAAGAAAGGCUCUGGUGGUCUGGCAGCCCUAAAUGACCCACUCAACAACAACAACAACAUCAACAUCUACCAAAAGGACCCCGUGCUGCACCUCAACCGCGAGAAUGUGAAGAAGUCCCUGUCGUGUGCCAACUUGUCCAGCUAUGAGGGCCCAGCAGGACUGGGUCUGGGGCUCGGCUAUGGCCUUGGGAUGGGUCAGGGGCACGGAUUCAGCUACAGCAAAUCCCAGCAGCUUUCCUCUGUGAAAAAGGUUCCCCAGGGGACGGUGACCUCGUCCCCCAAGCGUGUCAUUGUCCAGGCCUCCACCAGCGAGCUCCUCCGCUGCUUGGGGGAGUUCCUGUGUUGUCGCUGCUACCGCCUGAAGCAUCUGUCUCCGGCUGAUCCGGUGCUCUGGCUGCGAGCUGUGGACCGCUCGCUGCUGCUUCAGGGCUGGCAGGAUCAGGCCUUUGUUACACCGGCCAAUGUGGUCUUUGUCUACAUGCUGUGCCGAGACGUUGUUGACGGCGACCUGGUGGCAUCGGAGCACGAGCUACAGGCCAUCCUGCUCACCUGUCUCUACUUGUCCUACUCAUACAUGGGCAACGAGAUCUCCUACCCACUCAAACCCUUCCUGGUUGAGGCGGGUAAAGAGGCCUUCUGGGACCGCUGCCUCGCCAUCAUCGAUGCCACCAGCGCUAAGAUGCUGCGUAUCAACGCAGACCCGCACUUUUUCACACAAGUAUUUGCUGAACUCAAGAGCGAAGGUGGCUGUGGUCCUCAGGACUAUAGUCGAGUGCUGGAUCGGUGA